AGCCCUUUGAAUCUCCAUCGUGCCCUCGUCUCCAUCGACUCGCUCGCGCGCCAUGCCGGCAGUGACCAGCGUGCGCCCAGAUGGCGUGGGGGUGAUCACCUUGGAUAGCCCUCCAGUGAACUCUCUGGGCUCCGACCUGGUGACCUCCUUCAUGCAGGAGUUUCCCAAGCUGGUGGAGGAUCCCAAGGUGAAGGCCAUCGUGGUGACCGGCAAGGGCGCCCUGUUCUGCGGUGGCGCGGAGAUCACGGAGUUCGCCGUGAUGGUGGCCAUGGGCGCGGAGAAGUUCAAGGAGACGAAUCCGGUGGCUCACCUCAGCAAGAUGAUGGACCUCAUCGACGCCUCGCCCAAGACCGUGGUGGCCGCUUUGAACGGCCCCGCCCUGGGCGGCGGAGCGGAAGUGAGCCUCGCGUGCCACUACCGUGUGGCGGCGCCCAAGUCCUCAGUGGGCUUUCCCGAGGUGAAUUUGGGCCUGCUGCCCGGGGCCCAGGGCACUCAGCGCCUGCCCCGGGUGGCGCCGCUUCCCACCGCCAUGACCAUGAUCCUCCAAGGGAAGCCGCUGAACGCGGAGGCUGCCCGCAAGAACGGCAUCGUGGACGUGGUAGCGAAGGGCGACGUGCUGGAGGAGGCGGCAGAGUUCGCGCUGUCCCACCCCCCCGCGCCCAUCUCCAAGCGGGAGGUGCCGAAGACCAAUAGGUUCAUGGUUGCGGCGGGGGCCCUGGAGUCGGGCCUCAACACUGCGGUAAAGGCCGCGCCCCUGAUGAUCGCGCCCAGGUCCAUCAUCAAGUGCUUUGAGGCUGCCUGUUCCAAGAAGAGCUUCCGCGAGGGCGUGCAGGUGGAGCUGGAGGAGUUCUCGAAGCUGGUCUUCUCCGUGGAGAGCGCCGCGCUGCGGCACCUCUUCUUGUCGGAGCGGUUGGCUCAGAAAGUCCCAGGCGUCAACGAGAAGCCGGCGCCCCUGAAGAAGAUCGGCAUCCUGGGGGCCGGGCUGAUGGGCGGUGGCAUCGCCAUGUGCUUCGUGCAGAAGGGAGUGCCCGUGGUGCUGAAGGAUGCCAAGCAGGAGUGGCUGGACGGGGGCAUGAAGAAGAUCGUGUCCCUUUGGGAGGGCCAGCUGAAGAAGGGCCGCUUGAGCAAGGAGAAGUUCAAGCAGUACAUGAGCCUGCUGAAGCCCACCCUGGACUAUGGGGACUUCAAGGAUGUGGACAUGGUCAUCGAGGCGGUGCCGGAGAUCAUGGACCUCAAGAAGCAGGUCUUCCUGGACAUUGAGAAGAGCACCAAGCCCGACGCGUUCAUCUGCACCAACACAAGCGGCCUCAACAUCGACGACAUCGCGGCAGUCUUGAAGGACCCCAGCCGCGUGAUGGGCACGCACUUCUUCUCCCCGGCCAACGUCAUGCAGCUGCUGGAGAACAUCCGCACUGCGAAAUCCUCCAACAGGACCCUAUCCACAGGAAUGGCCAUGGCAAAGCUGAUCAGCAAGAAGGUGGUCAUGGUGGGCAACUGUGACGGCUUUGUGGGCAACCGUAUGCUCGCCCCCUACGCGGGCGAGGCCAAGAUGUUGGUGGAAGAGGGCGCGACCAUCGAGCAGAUCGACAAGGCAGCGCAGACCUUCGGCAUGGCCAUGGGGCCCAUGGCCUUGGGCGACCUCGUGGGCUUGGAGCUCUUCUGGAAGCAGCGGCAGGCAGCAAAUGACAUGAAGAAGCAGACCAAGACCUACUAUGGCCCUUACGAGCUUACGGACUGGCUGUGUGAGCAGGGCAGGUACGGCCUGAAGACCCCGGACCCCAAGAUCAAGGCCAACGGCCGUGGAGUGUUCAUCCACCGCGGUAGGGAGAAGUUCGUGGAUCCGGAGGUCGUGGCGAAGUUGGAGGAGAUCCGCAAGACGAAGGGCGUGACCGCGCGGCCGGUGAGCGACGAGGAGAUCGUGGAGCGCCUCUUCUUCCCUCUCAUCAACGAGGGCUUCAAGAUUUUGGAGGAAGGCUAUGUGGCACGAUCUUCGGACGUUGACAUCGUGUACAUCUACGGCUACGGCUUCCCGCCCUCCAAGGGCGGUCCCAUGUUCUUCGCGGAGAACUACGUGGGAUUCAAGAAGAUCUUGGAGAAGCUGAAGAUCUAUGGCGCGCAGGCGAAGGAGCGGUUCACCAAGAACCCGCACUAUCUGCCCAUCGACUACUUCGAGCCCUCGAAGCUGCUGGAGGCCUGCGUCGCCAAGGAGGGCACCAAGGUCUUCCCCGGCCAGACCCUGAUCGACGUGGUGCUCAAGGACUUCAGGAAGCAAUCUCCGGGCCCUGGUCCUUUCUCCAAGCUUUAGAACAUUUCGCACAGGAACGGUGGGCUGAGUUUGUUCGGCACGAGGCCGAUGUCUCAUCCCCCGAGGCUGCUGCACGUUUUCACCCAGAUUUUGGUUGCACGGAGCUGGUGUUUGCUGUUGUUGCUGUUCGCUGGGAAGACGGUGUGCCGAUUGUUUCAGCAGGUGCAGCUUGUUCCCGUUUGACGCACCAUUGGGCCAUUGGGUGGUACACUGCUGCUGCUCUGGAGGUGCAUAGCUUUAACCCCCUGGGGAAAGCUGCCAAAUUUGGACCGAGAUUUACGCGUCGCCGAGC